AUGGGUAAGAAGUUCUAUCAUGCAAGUCAUUUCAAGCAUACGUUGAAAAAACGGUCCCAUAACAGAUACAAACGUCUCGAACCCUUAAUUAAGGAUGACUCUCUCAGGAUUUUAUCACAUGUGAAGCCUACUGAUUCAUCAUUGACUAAAUAUUGGAGAUUCAGAAAAAAUUUGUUCUCAAAGAUCGAUAGCAAUGGCAUCUAUAUGACACAUGAACUUUGGUUUAGUGUCACCCCCGAAUCCAUUGCAUCAUUUUUUGCUAAUUUUGUUAGAGCUUGCAUGCCUGAAGCUCAAGUGAUACUGGAUGUUUUUUGUGGCGGUGGUGGUAAUACUAUUCAAUUUGCCAAGCAAUUUCCAAAAGUUUAUGGCGUUGAUUUUUCAUUGGAACAUCUUUAUUGUACAGCUCAGAAUGCUAAAGUGUAUGAAGUAGAUGAUAGGAUAUGGUUGAAAUAUGGUCCUUGGGAAAAAAUAUGUCAUGAGAAAUACCUCGAGGAUAUUAAAGUGGACUGUAUAUUUGCAUCACCACCUUGGGGUGGUCCGAAUUAUUUGAAAAAAGACAUAUAUGAUUUAGAGACAAAUUUACAACCCAUGGGUAUUACAAAAUUGUUGGAAAGUAUGUUGAAAAUAUCAAAGAAUAUAAUAUUAUUUUUGCCUAGAAAUUCUGAUUUGACCCAAUUAGCAAAUGUAACGAGGAAACUGCUUGGUAGGGAUGCAAAAUGUAGGGUGCUAUAUGUCAAAGAAAAUGGACAUUUGAAGGGAAUUGUAGCCAUAUGGGGUGAUGCAUUAGUCAGUUAUGAAAGUGGACCUGAGGCUACUACGGAAAAGGAUAAAUCCUGUGAUGAACAAGAUGAACCUGUACAAAAGGAAACAAUACCUGCAUCGUUUUAUGAUAUGGACGGUUAA